GGAAUAGGUGUGACGCUAUAUAGAAGGCAAAUAUGACCGCAUGGAGAGAUAAAAAUUCGAAAAUGCACAUCACAGGCUUAGUCUUGGCCAGAGGAGGCAGCAAAGGAAUCAAGAAUAAGAAUCUCGCCCUCCUAGAUAACCAGCCACUUUUGUUGCGGACACUGGGCAUAAUGCACAAUGCUAAAUGUUUCAGCAGCAUAUGGGUAAGCACCGACAGCGAAAAGAUAGCUGAGUGUGCACGUAAGGGGGGAGCAAAGGUGCACUGGAGAGCAGGAUUCACAGCGACUGAUGAUGCUCCCUCGCUGGUGGCCGUGCAGGAGUUUGUGCAGUACCAUCCAGACAUUGAGGUGGUUUGUCUUGUACAGUGUACAUCGCCCUUUACGAAACCAUGCUACCUACAAUGGGGUCUUCAGAAGAUUGUGAAUGGCUAUGACUCCGUCUUCUCGGUUACAAGAAAGCAUUAUCUCAGAUGGGCUGAAGGUGAGGAGACUUUCCCACAAAACUUUGAUCCUCGUCAGCGUCCCAGCCGGCAGAACUGGGCUGGGGAACUGUGCGAGAACGGGAUGUUCUAUUACACCCGAGUUGGUCUCCUGAAACAAGGGCUUCUGCAAGGGGGACGAUGUGGAUACAUUGAAAUACCACCGGAGAAUAGCAUAGACAUAGACACACCUCUAGACCUCAUCAUUGCCGAGCAGCUAGUCAACAAACAAACUUGAUUAUGGUCGAGUUUUAGGGUGAAUUUUUUUGGGCCAACAAAUUCCACUGUGGUUGAUUAUUCUAGGUUGGUAUAGUGCUGAUCAGAAGAGAAGGAUUCUCUAGAUAGUUAUCUGCCUAUCAGUUAACCUUAUGAUGCCGGGGGUGGCAUGUAUAUUUAAACCAUGUUCACUGUCAGUUUAGUUUAUUUAUUGUCUUUAUACAUUGAUGGCUCCACAAGUACUUAGUCACCAAUGAGACAAUUACUGGCAUUACCUGUUUCACCUUUUUACCCUUUUCCUUGAUUUUUGGAAAUAUUUUAUUUUAUAUUAUAUUAGUGUUAGUAAUGUAAAUAACAUUAUAGUAAUCAUAAUGUCUAUAAUAAUAACAUUAUCAUAAACAUUGAUAGUAUUAAAACAAAAACAAAAAAAUUGAAAACAUGAGGAAAGGUGAAAUCAGGUCAAGUCACAAGAUUGAUUACCUGACUCCUUGGUAGCUUAAGCACAUGUGGAGCCAUCUUUGUGUAGAGACCACUCCAUAAAACAAAAUUACUGUGAAAACUGCCUUUUCCCAGGAGCAUUUGGUUAAUGGUCCAUACAAGAUAUUCAUGAAAGAAAUGCCUUUGCAGAUACAAUGUACAGAAGGGAAUUUUUGUAAGUGAUUUGAUGGAAUGUGUACUGGCUGGCCUGAAACAAGAAAUGUUGGUUAAAGAUGUUGGCCCAUAUUUAUCUUUUCUCAGUGGUUGACGAAAGUGCUCAAGAUUUUUAUAUUUAAAGUUUAAAAAAAUGAUAGUGUCUUUCAAGAAGAUAAAGCUUUACAAAUGUGCCAAAAAAUGGUGAUAGAGUAUCAUAAAGCCUGAAGAGACCUUGAAAUAAUACUUUAAAAAAAUAUAGACAUAGAAACAAAAUCACUAGACUAGAAGAAAACAUUUGAAGAUAUUAAUUAAAAGAGCAUGUAAUGUCUUAUUAUCUAAGUCAUUGCUUUUAGUUCAUUUAUAUUUUAACAUUUCCUAAGCUUGAGCUUUGGCAGAUAUAUGCUUCUUCCAAUAAACCUUUUUAGCAAAUUUAUAAUAUAUUUCUAAUUUUUAGUCUUUUUUCAAGCAUUUAUAUAUAUGCACCACAUGUGGAAAUGCAACUCAUCUGUAUCUUCCUCUGAUUAGUUAGAUAUUAUCAUAGCUUUGUAUACUAUCUCAGCUUGUUUUUUUUUGGCUGACUUUUUCUAUUCGUGUUUAUAUUCACUGUAGUACGGCUUUAGAAUCUUUAAUUAUAUAUAAUUAUAUAUUAUUUAGAAUCCUUUUGAAGUACAUAUAAGAAUUCUCAGGUCUUAAGUGAGAGGUAAAACAAAAUGAAAUACAAAUCAGAAGAAAGAAACAAAAUAGAAAUAGAUAGGUAUGUCACAGAAGUUUCUAGGACGGACAAUCAUAUAAUUAGCUAACAACUGCCACAAUUGUAAAUAAUUUUUAAUUGUUAUUAAGCUUUAGGAUGAAUUUCUUGUUAGUAGUGAUAUGUAAGAGACUUUAAAAGCUAAUAUUCCAUUUUCUUUCAUAUAAAAUAUUUGGCUUAAUUGAAGACAUCAUCCUGAUACAACUUUCAAUAUUCUAAGUGAUUAAUUCAGUUAGUGAUUAAUUAAUUAGUUCAGUUUUUUCUCAGUUCUUAUGUUAUAAGUACAAAGCAUUUUUAGGUAUUAGCUAUGGAGAGCAUUUUGUUUACAAUAUUUUAGAAAACUAAAUUUAUGCUACAUAAAGUAAGAACAUACAGCUGAAUAUCCAAAUUGGUUUUGUGUUUUCCAUUCUCUACAGAAUCAACAUUAUGCAAACAGUGUUCAUUGCAACACAUAUAGAAGAAAAGGUAUGAAAUGAGAAUAAGAUUCUUCUCAGAGAUGUAUUUGACCAGUUCUAAUUAUAUCAUAUAUUUCUAAUGAGGACAUAAUUGAAACCUCUCAAAUACAUCUCAAUUAUAUCACAUAUUUUAGACAGAUAUAAUCAAAACCUUUCAAAUAUAUCUCUUCCACUUUGAAGAUAUUAAUUUUUAUUCAUACCUUUUCAGAUUAUAUAUUAUAAUCUGGCAGAUACUAGUGCCCAUUAGCACUGAAAAGUCAAGAUGGAUUUGUAUUGGUUGUAUAAAGGCCUGUUUGCACGAGGGGGCAUGGUCGGCAGACACAUUGGCGGGCAACUGAAAAAUUGACAUCACAAGUGAGAAAACAAUGAGGAAACUGCUUGUUUACCUAGUAGUUUAUCGACCCUUGAAGUCAUCUCUGUAGGUGCCCACCUGUGUGCAAAUCGAUCAUGCCCACUUGUGUGAACAGGCCUUAAUUUAUUUUAAUUUCAUCCUCAAGGCAUGUUGAACAUUUAUAGUGAAUGUUACAUAGUUUAGGUAAAUGUUAAUUUUAUCAAAUUUGCAGCCAUAAUAUUAACCAUGAUCUUUCUUUUUUUUAUUUCCAUAAUGCUCUGCUAUCCAGAUGGACAACAAAAAACAAAACUUGACUGAUAUUAUCCUUGUUCUUCUUAUAUCACUGUAAAAAAAUAUUCAUUGUUCAUAUACUUCAUGUGCAUUUUGUUAAAUGAUUAUAUUUAAAGUUUAAACUUGUGAAUGAAGGAUACAUGAUACUCUCCAUUUCUAUUCUUCCUAUUAUUUUAAUCUCUGUAUUAUCAAUGUUUUAUGUCAUACUAUUCCUUAUAUAUAUCUUUA